UUAUAAAAUAAUGGAAGAUAAUUUUGAUAUUUUUGAGUUAAAAAAAAAUUUUCUAACUUGUACACCUCUGGAAAAAAUAAAAUUUCCAAAAAAAAUAACCGCGGAAAGGCAAAAACUUAUUUUAGAUGAAAUAAUAACCGAUUGUCUGGUCCAAAAGUACCCAGUGAAAAAUAAUUACCGUAGAAAUUUCCUGCGGCUGUUGAUCGAGAGACUGGAGAACGACAACGAAGAAAUUAAUGAUGAAUUGUAUGAAUUUUUCUGCAGUUAUUUGUCUGCCGUGGACUCUCCUAUGCACUAUCGUCAUUUCCUGAUAAAUUCAAACCAGCGCGUGAUUAUCAAAGAAAGCAAAUCAAUUAUUUCUGAUGGGACUACUGGGCUGUGCAGUUGGCAGGCAGCAGAAGUUUUGGCAGAAUGGUGCCUAGCAAACAAGACCGAGCUGACCGGAAAAUCUCUAGUAGAAUUGGGAUCCGGGGUUGGAUUGACUGGACUGACGAUUUUGAAAACCUGCAGACCUAGGAGUUAUACAUUCACUGACUGCCACCCGCGAGUUUUGAAUUUACUCCAAGAAAAUAUAAAACUCAAUACUGAUAUCAAUCAUGAUCCUGAAAAUCUGGACGCUGAUGUCCAGGUCGUAGACCUGGCAUGGGAGUCAAUCGACGAACACAAAGAAGCCAAUUGGAUGUCACCAGACUUAAUUCUCGCCGCAGAUGUUGUGUAUGACUCCAGUUCAUUCCCCUCGCUAAUUAACGCAAUUGAUGUCUUAUUAAACCAAGAAAAUAGUUACGCAAUUAUCGGCAUUACUGUGCGAAAUGAAGAUACGCUCGACACUUUCCUGACACAAUUAGACAAUCAUAAACUGAUGCACGAUGACUUGGCAGUACCGACUUACAAAAUGUUCAGCCCACCAUGCACGCCAGUCAAACUCAUCAAAAUUACUAGAUAGAUUUUUUUAAAUAUUUUAUUUUGUGAACUAAAAAUUUACAUAAUAAUUAUAUAAAAAAAAAAAAAAACGAGUGCAUUUUUAUAUGAAAUAUAAU